AGUGCCCGGGCCCGGCCGCCGGCUGGGGCGCUCCGGAGGUGCCGGAGAGACGCUCGUUUGGCCGCGGCGUUUCCAGGGAUCGGUGCCCACAAUGUGUUUUCUGGUGCCAUAGCUGUGGCCUGAGAGGAAUCCCUCUCGUGUGCUGAAAUUUGAUUUCGUAGCUGUGGCCCUGCGCUGGUGAGCGUGCUGGCGGAGUGCAGUGUCUUGACAAUGAUUUGCAAGGAACAAAUAGUUCAGGAUCAUUGGGUGGUCUUGAUGUCCGUAGAAGAAUCCCUAUAAAGCUUAUUUCAAAACAGACCAAUAAAACCAAACCUGCACCUCGAACUCCAAGAAAUAUGAACAGGAUGCCUUCGAAGACACAAGCUGGUGAUGAAGAAGAAUUUGAUUAUAACAAAGAGGAGCGAUACGAAUGCAAAGGAGGUGAAAUGUUUGGCAAUCAAAGGAGAUUUCCAGGACCCAUCUUUUGGGACUAUAAGAUAAACUUGCUGGGGGAAAAGGAUGAUACACCGGUCCAUUUUUGUGAUAAGUGUGGAUUGCCCAUCAAAAUGUAUGGACGCAUGAUACCCUGCAAGCAUGUUUUCUGCUAUGACUGUGCUAUACUACAUGAGAAAAAGGGAGACAAGAUGUGUCCAGGCUGUAACGAGCCUGUGCAGCGAAUUGAGCAGUGUGUACGAGGGUCUCUCUUCAUGUGUAGCAUUGUUCAAGGGUGCAAGAGAACUUACCUGUCACAGAGGGACUUACAAGCUCACAUCAACCACCGUCACAUGAGAGCUGGAAAGCCUGUUACUCGUCCUCCCAUUGAACCUGUGCAUCCUCCUAUUGCCCCGCCACCUGCCGAAAUUCCCGAGCGUUUCAUAAUGCCACCCGAGAAACAUCACAUGAGCCACAUUCCGCCAAAGCAGCACAUCAUGAUGCCACCACCUCCCUUACAGCAUGUGCCACAUGAGCACUAUAACCAGCCCCACGAAGACAUCCGUGCUCCCCCUGCAGAGAUGUCCAUGGCUCCACCGCCCCCUCGCCCCGUCAGCCAGGACACCUUCCGCAUUUCGACGAGGAAACACAGCAACUUGAUAACUGUCCCUAUUCAGGAUGAUUCGAAUUCAGGUGCUCGAGAACCACCUCCACCAGCCCCUGCACCUGCUCACCAUCAUCCUGAGUAUCAGGGCCAACCAGUGGUAUCGCACCCUCAUCAUAUAAUGCCUCCACAGCAGCACUACGCGCCGCCCCCGCCGCCACCACCACCAAUUAGCCACCCGCUGCAGCACCCUCCCCAGGCAGCAGGUACUCCUCACAUGGUGUAUAGCCAAGCUCCUCCACCACCAAUGACCUCUGCUCCUCCUCCAAUAACCCCACCGCCCGGACAUAUCAUUGCCCAGAUGCCGCCAUACAUGAACCAUCCUCCUCCAGGACCUCCCCCUCCUCAGCACGGAGGCCCACCUGUAAAUGUGAAUGCACCCCCUCCCCAUCACUAUAAUCCUAACUCUUUGCCACAGUUCAGUGAAGAUCAAGGAACUCUGAGUCCCCCUUUCACACAGCCCGGGGGAAUGAGUCCAGGGAUAUGGCCAGCUCCCAGGGGGCCACCUCCACCUCCAAGGAUGCAAGGGCCUCCUGCUCAGGCCCCCCUUCCUGGACCACACCACCCUGAUCAAGCCAGAUACAGACCCUAUUACCAAUGAUACAAGCAAUUAUAUGAAUAGAGAGUGCUAUGAAGAGGAUAAAAUUAUAUACAGCAGCCUUUUAAUUGUUUUGGGGUUAUUUUGUUGUGGUUUUUUUAAAAUACUGUCAUUUUGGCUGUAAGACAUUUUGAGGUUUGAAUCUUAAAUGACUUUUAAGCCUUGGCCGUAGAACUCUGACUUCAAAUAUUCUGUAGUGCUAAAAUAAGUGGCUUAGUAGACCACAGUUGCAUUUUAACAGAACUUCUGUUGCUAGUGUGGCUAAAUUGUCCUAAUUAUUACAAGAUUAUCACUUGUAAUAUUAUUUUCUGGAGAAAAUGAACACGUGUUGUACCAUUCUGAAUAUUGUUUUUGUUAAAUCCAGUGUUUUUGUUAACCUGUGUACAAUAAUUAAAUUGAAAUAUGGUUGUAAACAUGGUGAGUUUUUAUAUGAAGUUAACAUACACAUAGUUCUGGGACACCAUUUCAACACUAAUACUUUCCAAAUGGGUAGCACAGUGAAAUCUUAAGGGAACUUUAAUAUUUCUCCUACUACCUUUCACCAUUACUCAUUCAGGCUAUAGUGAAUUCAUGGCACUAGAAAUCAGACAUGCAGAUUUCUGCAUUUACUGCAUUUCAACUUCUCAAUUUUUUUUUCUUUAAAUUUGUGCAGCAAGAUGAGUCUAUCAAAAAUAUAGCUUUGGGCAUGACACAAAAAGAUGUAUUGUGGGGGUUUUGUUUGCUUUUGUUUGGGUUUUUGGAGUUUGUUUUAAAGCUAGUUUUGAUUCAGAAGGCUCUGCUUACAUGUAAACAUGAGCUGAAAUCAAACUAUUGUAUUUACCUAUGGCUAUGUGUGGAAGUGUUUGUGAAUUGGCUUGCCAUGUCUGUGAGAAGCAGCUCAUUUUGGGUAGGGAAGUGGUGUUUAUCGCUCUCACUUUAUACUGUAUGCAGUAGGAAAACUUCACAUUUGGAUGAUCUGAAAGAAGUGAUCUGAAAUCCUGUGUGAAAUCUUGUAUGCAUGUGAAGGCAAAAAUGGCUCUGCCAGCAUUAUUUUCUUUCAGUAACUAACAAACACAUGAGGAACUUUCAAGAAUCCCCUUCUGUUACUGUUGACUGGGAGGAGGCAGACUUAGGCACAUUUAUGUUACAGCAUAUAACUUCAUCUGGGAGGAAAUCUGCACGUCUGGUUAAUAUCCUUUGACUCUGCAAAGCCAAACUCAGGCCUGACAUACCUGUGUUACAGGGACUCACUGAUGGUUCUGUGUUCAGGGCUCACGUGGUUCCUGAGGGCACUGCAUGGCAGGUGUUUGUGCAGGGCAGUGCAUUCACUCACCAGUGCCCUCUGUUUGGGAAAAUCACACAUUCUGAAAUGACCUCCUACCUGUCCACUGCAGGUGGUGAGGAAAUAAGGCAACUCUUUCCAUCAUGCUGGUUUUUAGAAGUAAGUCAGGUUGCAUACUUCUGUUAUAUAUUAGUCUGCUGUGAAGCAGAUGAAGGCUUCAAACUUAAUAUUUCUGUGUCCAAACCUGUUCUUGGAGUUACUGACAAAGUGCUUUUCUGAAAAUGCUGAGGAAGUUUAAUUGAUUAAGGGAAAACAGCAGCUUUUGCUCCAUCAAAAAGCACAAAAGUUGAAUGUAUGUUGCUGUAGACAAUGUGUGAGAAUUUUUUUCUCUAUUUAAGGCAAAGGUGAUGUAUGUCAUACGGACAAUGACAUACCACCCAAAAAAUCGGUGGGAUCCCUCAAAUUGUGUAGUGACUGUGGACCUAAAAUCUUUGCGAUAGAGGACUUAAUCAAAAAGUCAUCCAAUACAGCCAGGACUUGGACUUGGGUCAAGCGUCUGUAUCUUGCUUAUAAGAGGAAGACCUAAAUAUGUUUUUUAAAUUAUUGAGUCUUAAGCAUACCUAUGUAACCAAGGGCACUGUUGGUGUUUUCAUAUUUACAAAUUUUAAAGAUGCCUCCAUUGGUUGAAAACUUGUGUUAACUGUCUUUUUAAUUUUUUUUAUGGGUUUGGGCUGUGUUUUAGUGUGGUUUUUUUCUUGGUUAGUUGGUUGGGGUUUUUUUGCAAAAUACCUGGUCAUUUUACUGUGACGUUCCAAAAUUCGUAUAUUGUAUUUAAUUGUAUAAUUGACAGCCCUAGAAAUGGUGGCAUGUACUUGUGAUUUCUUUGGAUUCCUUAAGUCUUACUGUAAAGACAAACAUUUGAAGUAAUUAUGUUUAUUUUGAAUAAAUAUCCCUCUCUGGGGCAGUGAUCUCCCUCCCAA